GGACUCAUUUUCCUAAAAUGUUAUCAGAUCAUAUUUUCACAUCAAAGUGAACAGACCUCAAAUAAUAUAUAAAUCAUAUUUUAACGCAUAAAAAAAUCUAAAAAGGACACAGACAUGAAUUGCUUAUCCCUGAAGCGUUUCCUAAUAUUGGAGGACAAUUCGACGGAUCAUUCCCCUGCAAAACGAAGGCGACUUCGUUGUCAAGAACUGAAUAUAACAAAAUUACCCUCUAAAAUAUGUAAAGAUAAGGAUCCAAAAAUUCCAAGAGAUUUUUUGAAAGGUUUACCAGUACUGCUUGAUACCGAUUCCAGUGAUUCGGAAAUAGAUUCCCGGACAUUUAAAGCUAAUGCUACAAAGAUAGCUGCUCCGGAUAAUCAAAAACUGUUUAGCUUUGAGCAAUUACAAUCAAUUUUCUGCGGAAUGUUGCAGCAAUGUGAAAAUCGCGUCAAGGAGGAAUUUGAAUUGGAGUUGACCCAAAAAAUGGCGGAACAAUAUGACAUUUUUAUCAAGUUCACCCACGAUCAAAUGCAGCGAGAAGGUGGGCAGAAUGCCAGUUAUUUGUCAUAGCCCAAAUUGUUAAAUUUUAAGUUACAUUUUACGAAAAAGAAUUGUGUUUGUUACUUUAAUAUACAUUUAUUUUCUUAAAA